UCUAUUAACCAUUCUCAAAUAAUUUCCUGCAAGUCAAAAGGGUCUUCUCCGUGCAGUCCUGCCCUGUACUCUGCAGCCCAGAUGAGUUCCCAAGCUUCUGCUGACGAAUCCAGUGAUUGUAAUGGUUCUUUUCAUGAAGAAUCAAAUGAAAAUGGUUCUGAUGCUGAAGAUGCCUUUCUUCCUUCUUCUGCGCUAGAAUUGGAACAAAUCCAAAAAGCCUUUACAAAGAUGGUUUGUGUCCAGGAAGUCCCUCCCAUGAUGAUAGAAUGCCCAAUCUUCAAGCGCUUUGUGUCCUCUUUGAAUCCCUUUGUUGAACUGGGGGAUUUUGAGUCGCUCAAAAAUGACUGCUUGAAGUAUUAUGAGACAGAGAUGAUGAAGAUUAAGCAUAUAUUAAGAAAUAUGGAUGCAAAGGUAAACCUAUCCGUUGAGAUGUUGAAAAAUGAUGCUUUUGAUGACAUUUUGUGCCUAACAGCACAUUUUGUUGAUGAUACUUGGAAAUGGAAAAAAUGGGUUCUCAGAUUUCAAGUUCUCAACUGGGAAUCAUAUUCUGGAGCUAUUGUAAAGUCGCUCGAAUACUGGGGGAUCAUGGACAAAGUUUUUACCAUUACUGUGAAGAGUGACAUCUUUGAUGCUGAAACCCUGGAGUGGAUUCAAGACUAUAUACAAAAAAAGACAGAGGCUCAGGUUAAGGGCAAGUUACUUCAUGUACAUUGCUGUGCAUGGUUCUUGAGUUCAAUGGCACAGGAUGCAUUCCAAGAGAUAUCAAUGAUCAUUGACAAGGUUCGGGAUCUUAUAAUAUGGGGAAAAUUAGAACCGGUUUGGUCCAUUACAAAUUCUAAGUUAAAGGAGGCUUUGGACUUGCAGUCAAGGGGACAACUUGAUACAGAAUUUGUUGAUGAUAGUUGUUUGCUCUCUCCUGAAGAGUGGAAGAGACUUGAAGGAGUUUCCAAAUCAGUAGACAAGCUACAUAGUGUAGCAGAAUUGCUGUUUCAUGCUAAAUAUCCUACUGCUACCACUUUUCUCAAGAAUCUUUAUGAUCUUCGUGUGAGCUUAGAGCUGGAUUUUCCGAAUUCAUGCAGCUAUGUCAAUACUAUCCUCGAGAAGCUGCUGCAGAAGUUUGAUAGGUAUUGGGAGGAUACCUUUUUGGUGAUGGCUAUGGCUGCAGUAAUGGAUCCCCGCUGUAAAAUGGUUUACAUAGAGUACUUAUGUUCAAAGGGUGGCAAUGAUAAAUCUCAACAUUCUGCUGUUUUGGAGACUGUUCGCAGCUUUUAUGAUGAUUAUUUAACGAGUUCUCUCCAGAAAGAGAUUUCUGAGUGUGACUCGUGUCCUUCUGACUACGAAAUUGAAUGUUUCAACUCAGAAAAUGAGGAUGAUCUUCCCAGCAAGAGAAGGAAAGUUGGAGUUGUCAAACCUGAAGGAAAGGUUAGUAGCAAUCCCACCAACAUAAGAAGUCACUUGGAAGACUACCAACAGUUUGUUCAGGCAAAUAGUCAGCCCCCACGAUCAGAACUGGAUUGGUACUUGGAAGAACCUGUGCUUCCUUGGGACCAAGAUUUCAACGUAUUCGAGUGGUGGAAGACUGAGAGACCAAAAUAUCCUACACUCUCCAAGAUGGCUCGUGAUCUUUUGGCAAUUCCAUUUUCAGUGCUUACUUCAUAUGACGCAUACUAAACUGAGGAAAGGUUUAUUGACAAGCGCCUCUUGUCAUCCAGGGGUGCUUUAAUGAACUCCUUAAUGUGCACUCGGAGCUGGCAUCAAAGGCAUUGAAUUACUCUGUGCGGAAUGCAAUUGUCCUUCCGUUAUCGAUACCUUUGGCAAACAUAUAGCUACUCAUUCACCCUUUCUCUGUCUAUCUGAAGUUCUGUUUGUUUGUUGGUGCACAAGCUUUCUCUGCUUGUUCUGCAGGUCAUAUUAAGGAAUUUCAAGCUAACACAGGAAUGAGCAUAAAAAGAGAAUAUUGCAGCAUUGGCUGCUGUGUCAAUGAUGUUAACUUUUUGAUUUUGUUGUUAAAUGCAUGAAAAACAUGUUUUUUCGAA